UGAGUUUAUCUCAUACAAACAUAUUAAAUAUACUAAAAAGACGGUUUCAUACAAUACGAGCUCAUUAAAAAAAAAAAAAAAAGCUUAAUAUCAAUUCAAUUCUUCAACGAAGUCUAUAUAAAUUCAGCAACGGACGGCAAAACUCAAAUAUUAACGGCUAUAUCAUUUUUUGAAUUUACUUUCGAGCCAAUUUUCUAUCUUCCUUCCAAACUUUCCUCCGUAAUCAAUCCUCAAUCUAUCUCUCCUUCAGUUUGAAUCACAGAAACAAACUUGUUUCUUGAUCAACUCUCUAACUAAAUAACUAUCAAAACACCAAUUUAACGCCGUUAAUCCAAAAUGUUGACGGAAGCAAGAAGGGUCGAUAAUUUAGCGUCAAUGGCGAACGGAUUUUAUACCCCUCCUUCAAAAUGGAAGUCAAAACCUCCAUUAUCGUCAAAGAAAUGGAUGACAGAGGAUUCAAAAAACAAGAAGAACAGUCCUAAUAAUAAUUUUCAUGCUAUUCAUAAAGUUCCUUCUGGUGAUUCUCCUUAUGUCAAGGCUAAACAUGUUCAGCUGAUAGACAAGGAUCCAAACAAAGCAGUAGCCUUGUUUUGGAAUGCUAUAAAUUCAGGUGAUCAUGUUGAUAGUGCCUUGAAGGACAUGGCAGUUGUGAUGAAGCAAUUGGAUCGGUCCAAUGAAGCUAUCGAGGCUAUUAAAUCAUUUCGUCAUCUCUGCACCCCUGAUUCCCAAGAAUCUCUUGACAAUGUUCUAGUUGAACUCUACAAGCGCUCAGGAAGGCUAGAAGAGCAGAUCGAGAUUCUUCAGCUGAAACUAAAGCGACUCGAAGAAGGCAAUGCUUUUGCAGGAAAAAGAGUGAAACUGGCAAGAUCUCAGGGUAAGAAGGUUCACAUAACAGUUGAACAAGAAUAUGCAAGGAUUUUAGGCAACUUGGCUUGGGCUUACUUGCAACAAAAUGAUUAUAAAACUGCUGAAGAUUAUUACAGGAAAGCUUUAUCGAUAGAAGCAGAUAAGAACAAACAGUGCAAUCUUGCAAUCUGCUUGAUCUGUAGGAACAAGAUAGUUGAAGCAAAGUUUCUUUUACAAGUGAUCCGCGAUUCAGCCCCCCACGGACAGAUGGAUGAGUCCUACGCCAAGUCCUUUGACCGGGCAUCCUUACUGUUGGCUGAAACCGAAACUCAACAAGCUAAAUCUUGGCCCGAGGAGGAAAAGGAAAAUCAAAAUCGCGGUGAAAGCAACAGGAGACAAGUUGAUUAUUUCACAGAUGGAGUUCUUCUCACAGAAGAUAGUUGGAACAGAACAUAUACAUCACCAGUUCCUGCACGACGAAUCACCAGGAGUACUCCAUUCACACAACCCAACAGAUGUUCAAGCUUCCUACACCAUGGGAACUGGAAACAAGGGAUACCCAACAGUCCAUUUUCUCAGCCCCACAAAAGUUUCGAUUUGGUCAACAGUGGAAAUCCUAAACCCGAACCAUACAGAUGUGUGCCUCGCAGACUCCGGUUUGAGCAUUCUUGGGAUUGUUCUGAUGCUCACAAGGAGUCUAGUCCUGCUCCAGCUACUAAGUUAAGUCACUCUAAGUUGUCUGCAUCGGAAAGUGGCGUAAACGAGCAGUGUUUACAUAGGAAGGAUGGAAAAGAAGGUAAGAAAAGCUGGGCUGAUAUGGUUGAGGAAGAUGAACAGCAAAAGUUACAUGAUUUUGAUGAAAAUUUGUUCAUGAAUGUUCAAUCUGUCAAGGUUAAUGCUGAGCCAUCUAAGAGGUUUAAUAGACUUCAAGUGUUCAAGGAUUUGACACCAGAAACACCCAAAAUAUGUAUGUAAAGGUUCUUGUUUUGGUGUAAAUGAAUUGUGUAAAGGCUCACUAUUGAGCAUUGGUAAGAUCAUGUAAGGAAAAUUCAAAUAAAUGGAAUUGAUGCU